AUGUACUCACCCCAGGUACCCCCACCAACACCACUCCCCCCCUUCCCCCGGCUCCCCCCCCUCCGCUUCCCCCGAAGAACCAACAAGGCACCCACCCCACUCAGCCCACGCAUACGCACCGGCCAUAGAGACUACCCCGCCUGCAUCGAGGCGGGCAUUUCGCACGAAGCGCGCUCACAGGCGCUCGGCCAUGUGGGGCCUAGUUCGGGUCGCCACCUCCGCGCCGCCGCCGCGCAUUUUAAAACUGCACUCGCCCUGCAGCCGGGAGGAGGAGCUGAGCUCCGUCUCGCCACGGUCCUCUACCAUCUUUCAGCCCACUUUCGCCCCGCCGAGGCGGGGGUCCUCCUCCGCAUUGCGCGGGCGCUCGCAACCGGCGACGGACCAGCACUCGAGGUGCGCGCGGCGAUCUGUGCACGCCUGUCUGCACUCCUCCGCAUGCCCGCCGAUGACCUGAACUCGGAAGCUGGGGAGGCUGCCGUAGAAGCUCUGGACGCGUUCGAGGACGUUGCCGCGGAACGGAUGGACCGCGCUUCCACACUCUCCAAGGCGAAUUUUGAACUCGAAGCACCAGCGCUCGCCGCUACCUUUCUGGCCCUCGCCGAGGCGGCAGCGGCAGUCAGUACUCUGAGCGAUCCCAAGGCUGCCGAGCCCCACGCCAAGCUGGCGGACCACGCGCUUACGCACGCCGGCAACAUGGCCACCUUAGCGCGUGCACCUGCACUGCUGACUCAUAUUCAGAUUGUGGGCGCACGUAUCGCAACCAACCGCCUAGCGUACUAUACCCGCUGGGACGACGUCAGCUGGGACGACCUGAUCGCAGACCUCGCCACUCUCGCUUCUCAGACCCGCGACCUCGCCCAGCGGCUGCGCGGGAGCCGUGGUGCCACUGCAGCGGAACAGGCUGCGGAAGCUGCCAAGCUCCUCGCGGACGCACGUGUCAUGCAUGCUUCCGCCCUCAGCGUGUUCAGAGAGCCGCAACCCUCGACACCUGGGAUCAUGAGCCCUCGCAGCGCAGGCUUCGCCAUCUCCCCAGUGUCAGCAACACUGGCAACACCGCAGUACGCGACGUUCUCCCCACCAGACCCCACACCAGGGCUAGUCUCGAGUUCGGGGUCGUGGUCCUCCUCCACCAGCUCCCCGCCCAUCCCAGAGGAACCCGAGGAGGAAGACCUGGCUCCAGCCAUACCCGACCCGGCAUCGGUCAUAUUGCCACGCAAGCGGGCCCCACCUCCACCACCUCUCAUACUCGCACAGCGAUCUCCGCGUCCCCUGAUGCAGUCACUGAGUCCACAGAACCCGCCACUCGCGCUGUCCCCCCUCAAUCCGGCGCGGCAGGCCAUGCGACCCCCACUCCUCCGCAGUCCGAGCUUGGACGACUCGCCGAACGGCAAGGAAACACCACUCCUACCCUCUCAGGUGCAAUGGAACGAGCUCGCCAUCGCUGGCAAAGGAUACAAGCUCGCGCUGUCCCUGCUCUCCGGAGCCAACCUGGCCCCAUACGAGUGCGCGAGACGCAAGUCUGAUCUCCUCUUCGCCAUAGCCUCUGCCGCUCUCGCGCGUGCCGAGCUGGCCCCUCGCCUGACCCCGAUGACAGCACGCAACAGCCCGGGGUCGUACUUCUCUCCCACGGCCCCACACGCCUCACCCGAGUCACUGUGCAGCCUUCGCCUGAUGUCAUACCGCACCUACACGCGUGCGUCCACGUACCCCCGAUCCUCGCGGAUCGUACCCGCCACUCCCCGACCCGACCCGCGCUCGGGUAUGCGCACGACUGGUGAGGCGGCGCUUCGUGCAACUGCCGAGGUGUAUGCCGCGUGGGCUGCUCGUGAAGUGGGCUGGUCGGCUGUGAUCGACCCCAAGGGCCGGGUGGUGGACCGCCGCACGGGCUCGGCUGCCGCAGACGAGGCAGGCCUGCGUGCGGUCUUGCUUGCGGUGCGAGUGUGGUGGAUCCGUGCGGUCGCCGGAGACGGGGACGGGGAGCCUAUGGGGAGUGACGAGGAGAUAGUUUGUGAGAGCCCAAAGGCAGGGAGCUGGGACAGCGACAGCGACAGCGGGAACGAGGAGGGGGCGGAGGGCACGGAGGGAGCGGGUACUGACAACCACGACUUUGGCGUUCCGCCACAUGCUGCCCGCCGCAUUGCUGGAGUCUUGUACCGCCUCCGUGCUGAGGGAGCAGGUGGGGACGACGUGCGCCGUUUCGUGGCGUCGUACUCGCUCAGAGAAAACGAGGAAUGUUUCUGGACGGUGGUCGAGAGCCUGCUAGAAUGA